CCGGUUUCUGGCUCCGUCACUCGUGCCUCCCCCUGCUUUCUCUUUGCCGGUUAUGGGGAGAUAGAAGAAGAGUAGUUUGUCCAUUAUCGUCUUUAACUUCUGCUGGAAGAAACCACUGCCGAAUCCUGAUAGCUCUUCCCAAGUCCAACAUCAGAAGAUUUUGUUUAGUUUGAAGGUGUUAGUGAUAGUUCCUUCCCAAUGAGUACUACUAGGCAGUUUGGUAGUGGCACACUCUCCGGAGUGGUGACAGGUAGAACCAAAUUUACAAAGAACCGGUGUUCGUGGGCUCGGUGUAGUAGAGUCCCCACAGGAUUUCAAUGGAGAGAUAGUACUACGGAGUGCUGCUUGUUUACUAAGUAUAGAAGUUCAUUGUCACCACUCGUGACUUGUCGAAGAAGGCCCCAGUUGGGCGUGGUCUAUAAUCAGUCAACUCCUGGUUAUGGUGUUGAAUCCGCCGAUGUACAGGAGAGACUGGAUAUGGAAAAAGAACAUGCAGUGAAUGGUUCUGCACAUGAGCAAUUUGACUCUGUGGGAUUUUCAGUUGAGAAGAAACAUCAACCUACAGAUGUCAAACGUGAGCUUACAAUGCUUACAGUGCCUGCAAUUGCUGGACAAGCAAUUGACCCCUUCGCACAACUAAUGGAAACGGCCUUUAUUGGUAGACUAGGUCCUAUCGAGUUGGGUUCAGCUGGUGUUGCCACUAUGAUCUUUAACAACAUUUCCAAGCUGUUCAACAUCCCCCUACUAAGUGUUGCAACUUCUUUCGUUGCUGAGGACAUUGCUAAGAAUGCAGUGAUGGACUCUACCGUUGUUGGUGCUGAAGAAGACCAUACAAAUGGAAAAGUCGUAAAUAGGGUGGUUAAAAGGAAGCAACUGGCUUCUGUGUCAACAGCAUUACUACUAGCCAUUGGAAUAGGCGUCUUUGAGGCAACCGCACUGUCAUUGGGAUGUGGUCCAUUUCUUAACUUGAUGGGUGUAACAUCGGAUUCACCAAUGCGAGUUCCUGCACAGAAAUUUCUUUCAAUAAAAGCACUAGGUGCUCCUGCAGUUGUACUGUCUUUGGCUCUUCAAGGCAUAUUCCGAGGCUUCAAGGACAUGAAGACGCCUGUGAUUUGUCUAGGCAAAUAUCUUGUGACCAUAUUAAUGCUGUGGCAUCUCAAUGAGAAGGUUGUACUACUCCCUCCAAGGAUGGCUGAUUUACAGUUUGGUGUCUAUAUGAAGUCUGGUGGUUUUCUUAUUGGAAGAACUCUAGCUGUUUUGAUAACCAUGACAUUAGCGACAGCAAUGGCUGCUCGCCAAGGACCAGUUGCCAUGGCAGGGCAUCAGAUAUGCAUGCAAGUUUGGUUAGCUGUCUCUCUACUUACCGAUGCCUUGGCUUCAUCUGGUCAGGCUCUGAUUGCAAGUUAUUCAUCGAAACGUGACUAUGUGAAUGUAAAAGAAGUCACAAACUUGGUGUUGAAGGUUGGCUUGGUUACAGGUAUUUCCUUGGCUGCUAUACUCAGCGUAUCAUUUGGUUCCAUAGCCACCUUGUUCACCACAGAUGCUGAAGUACUAGGGAUCGCAAAAACUGGCAUAUUGUUUGUUAGUGCGAGUCAACCAUUCAAUGCACUAGCUUUCAUUUUCGAUGGCCUCCAUUACGGAGUUUCUGACUUCCCAUAUGCAGCCUGCUCCAUGAUGUUGGUUGGAGCAUUAUCUUCAGUGUUCCUCCUCUAUGUUCCACCAAUCACUGGACUUCCCGGUGUCUGGUCCGGCUUGGCUCUCUUCAUGGCCUUACGUACAGCAGCCGGAAUAGCAAGGCUGCUGCUGAAAUCUGGUCCUUGGUGGUUCCUACACAAAGACUUGCAGAAUUAUCAGGCUGGCUAGUCUCUUCAAUCACUAUAUGAAGGUUUUAUGUCAGCUUUUCGGGGAUCGUCCGGAGUUAGAACACACGACGGCAACAGAAGCAGCAGCAGGAUAGGUGGUUGAAUGAUGGAAACCAGGUUGAUAAAUGCUCCAAACCUUGAACUCUUUAGUGACCAGUUUUAGAGAAUAGCACAGAUUUGUAAUUUUAGAAGGAAAAAGUGAACGAAAAUAGAUAAUUUACACAUAAAAUGUCCUAAUCAAGGGCAGACGUAGUCCGUUGGGCCGUAAGGCUCGAACAGCUCGGCCCAAAGCCCAUGUUUUCUCCUGGGCUUCCAGCCCAUGUCCUUGCACAACUGGUCGUUGUGCCAAAUAUGAAUGGCGCUAAUGGAGGCCCUGUCGCUGUACUCGUCGCCGUAACACUUGAAAUAUCCAUCCCACUUCGCCGCGUCGUCUUCCAUCUCCUUGAUCGCCGGCAGCUUAAACUUCCCGUCGAGAAGCUCCAUCAGCCACCGGCUCCUCAUCUCCGACGUAAACAAGUUCGACAAGCUCUCCGAAUAUCCCAAUACGGCUAGCUGUGGGAUCCGCGGAUGAAUGCAUUGUCUGUAGAGGGGCAAGCCGCCGGUUUCACUUCGCCGGAAGAAUUUCGAUCCAAAUAUGUCUUUCACCUUCUUUCCGCCUUUGAAACCUGUUGCCAGUAUCACCAAAUCGGUCUCCAAUGGCGGCUGAUCGUCUUCGGCUUUGAUCCCUUGUUUACAGAAAGUAAAGUUCCGAGCUUUCGUCAACACGAUGCUUCCUUCUUCGACCCUGUCGUAGAACUUCUCAGGAAGUUUCGCCAGAAGACACGUGCUAAAAUCCUGGAGAAAGCUCUGCUUUGGAAUCAUCCCGUGUUUGGCCAAUGGAUGCUUGCUCUUGACCACACUUUCCACCAAUCUGGAGACUGCCCAUCUCUGGUUUUGGAAAAACUUUAUCAAAUUUCCGUAUCGAAAUGACCAAAAUUUUCAGAAGUGGAACAGAGAGGACUUACAAUUGGGGAAAGAAGUGUGGCGAGAAGACUGAGAAAGACACCUUCUCCAGGUUUGUGAAUCAAGAGCUCUGCGAAUCGAGUGAAACAUAGGUAUGGCAAUGGCGGGAACCAAUCGGGGAAGCUCCAUCUCUCUGUUCUGUACAUUACCCUGCACGGAUUUUCCUUCCCUGCAACCCCACGAAAACAGAGCAAAAAAACAGAGUCAUAACCAUCGAUUUCGGCAACAAAAUUAGACCAUGGUUCUCUCUUACCAUUCGCUUCAGAGCAUUCCAUUGCUAUAUCCAGAGCCGUUUUCCGGAAACCAACAACAGUCACUCUCUUUCCUUUGACUAAAUUCCGAGCCUCCUCUGCUUCCAAAUCGGAAUACUCCAUGGAAUGAAUCACCUUCCCCGGAAACGCUUCAGGUCCCUGUCCUGAACUAAACUGUGGAAAAUUCGGCACGUCGCUGAACUUCCCCAAGCAGAGCACCACAAAAUCGGCUUCGUAAACUUCACUCUCCGGCGAACACCCGCCGGCGCCCGCAACUUCAACUUCCCAUCUCGCUCCCCUGGAUCCGAAACCCUCGCCGUUUCCUCCCCAUAGAUGCCAGCCUUCCAUCUCCUCCUCGGCCACUCCCCUGUAGUUGAUGCCAACGACUUUGGCGUUGAAUUUGACGUGCUGAGCGAGUUGGAACCGGUCGGCGUAGGCCCGGAGGUAGUCGACGACUUGAUUGUGAGUCGGGAACUCGACGGUGACGGAGUCCGGCCAGGGAAAGUCGGAGAACUGGAAGGUGGGUUUGGAAUUCUGGAGCUUGGUGGUUGACAGGGUCUUUCUCCAGACUCCUCCGACGCCAUUCUGGGAUUCGAAGACCGUGGGCUGGAACCCUUUGGAGAGGGCGUAUUUGCAGGCCAGGAGGCCGCUGAUUCCUGCUCCGAUUAUGGCUAUCCGCUUCUGAUGUUGAUCCGCCAUUGUUUGUUGGCGAUUGAUUGGCAGGGGGGGAGAAUGGGAAAUGUUGGAUUGUCU